AUGGCUUAUCUUAUCUCACUCCUUUCAUCUCGGGCUAAAAAGGCGUCCCUAGAGAACGUCGGCACUAUCAAUAUCUCUACUACCGCUAUCCGCCGUAUAGAUAACUCUGCUCCCGCUAUUAUAGGCUUAACCAUACCGAAGAUCCUGAUCUACUUCUCCCGCCAAAUCUCAAAGACUCACAGUCUCGAAGCCUACCUCACCGCCACUCCUUAUAUCCGCCCCGCCGUCCCGCCUAAGCUUACGAGCUCGCGGCCUAGUCCCGCUAGUCUAACCUCCACUCUUACCCCUAGCUAUAAUACCGUCCCUUCGGAGCCUAAGUACCGAGACCUACUCCUCAAGCCUACCACCGCUCGGUUAAACCGCGCGCCUCUUACGCUUACUAACGUCCACGAGCUCUACCGCUACCUCUAUAGCCCCGAGUUCUUCAACAAUUCGGUCCUUCGCGCUACUCCCGAUAAGGUCCCUCCUAGCCUACAGCCCAAUCCCUAUCUACAGACCGCGAUCUCGUCGAGCUCGGCGUUAGUCGCUCUCUCUAUCCCCGAUAUAUCUCUCGGCCCCUCUACUAGCUAUACCGAUAAGACUACCGACAAUAAGCCAAUUCUACUAGCUAACCUAGCCGCGCUCACUUACGCCCGGGAUAUAUCCCUCGAUCGUCUUACGUAUCCCUUUAAUCUCGCAACCCGCCAUACACAAAUUCCAGUCAACAGCGAUAGGCAGCCGGUACUCACCCUACCCUCCUUAUACCCGGUCUCCUCUACAAUCCUUAAGCCGUGGCAGGUUACGGCGAUUCCGAGCGCCACGCGUACUACCACCGAGAUCGACAAGAAUAGCGCGUCGACGCACCGCGCCCAGAAGGCCACGCGGAAGGAGACCGACCCUAUAGCCCUUAAUCUUACUACCGCCGAAGCCGACGUAGAUAAGGAUAUACCCGACCCCGACGACGUCGUAACCCCGUCGGUCUCGGACGAGCCAGAUUCCCCUAGUAGCGUAUAUACCCCGCCUACCGACAGCGUCAGCACCCCUUAUCCCCCGGGCGUCGACGCCGCCGUCACUAAACUAAGCGAGCUCUAG